GUGCGGCACUACAGUGUCGUUUCCGGUACUAAUUUGUUUUGGCUACGGACUGAACCUGUGUAACGCAUCGUGUUUAACUUAAACAGUGGAAAAAUAAAAGGUAGUUUUUGUUGGCAAAUGAUUAAGAUAACGCCGAUUUGACAUAUUUGAAGUUAAUGGCCAAGAGACGCGCUGAGGACGCCCUGUUGCACGACUCUCCCUCUAAAAGAUACUGCCGUUCACUUUGCAGUGUUGACAUCCAGGCUGAGAGCAUGGCUACCAACGGGAGUGUGAGUGCGCCAUCCUUGCUAGCCUUGUUGGGAACUCGCUGCAGAAAGAGGCCCUGCUAUUUUGAUGAUGAGGAGAAACCAGAGGAUGCAACUCCUUACUUUAGGACAGCACUGUGCGACACGGGGAAGCAUACAGAAAAUAUUUUGACGGUGCCAAUUUCUAGAAGUUUCCAGGACCGUCGCAGCUCCUGCACAUUCCCCAAUAAGAAGCGCCCUCGAGAGGACAGCACUGGCUCAGAGAAGUCUAUCCACAACGCUAAUGACAAAACACAUGGAGACAAGCGCUCUGAAGACUGCACUUAUAAUUCUUUCCAGUAUUGGAGGGUCCCCCUACCCGACCUGGACCUUUCACUGCUUGAAGACACCAGUGACCAUUCCCAAAUAAAAGAGAAGCCAAAAGUCGGUGAUUGUUCAGACGCUAUGGAAACCUGAAGAUGAUGAGGACCAGAAGUUUGUUAUAAGCUGCCUUGAUGUUUUAAGAAAACAUGAUGAGGACAGUAUGAUGCUCUGAUGCCAGUAGACACAUUAGAAGUUCAUAAGGAUUCUUGAACUCCAUCCAUGUGUGAUUGAGCAACUGGAUGUUGCAAAGUAGGCGAUGGAAAGCCUCAGGCAGGUCUGUGAUGUCAGUGACUUAAAUGAAGCAACAGUAUUGUGGUGACAUUUUAGUGAAUAUAUGAAGGAACCCAUCCAUCCCGUUGUAUAGCUUGUGUGAGCAGUAUAAAGGGCCGACUCCUGUUCAGAGGUCACCUUCUAUUUUAUUUUGUUUUAGCACUAACUUUUUGUAGAACAACUUUGAAAACGAGCUUGGUUGACACGUUCGUUUCUGCUCAUAAUCACCCACUGCCAUUUACAGCCUGCUUGAAACAGCUUUCCAAGUUGCGGUCUCAUAUCAGUUGUUAGUGCAUGAUGUAUGGGCCUUUUUUACUGCAGAUUUUUUUUUCUCUUUUCAUUUAUUUUAACUUCGCAAUAAAUAGUUUUUCAUCAA